CCUUCUUCUUUCUUCCUUUUAUUUUCCUUUCUUUCUUUUCCUUUCUUCGUUUCUUUUGUCUCAUCGCUAUACAGAGCCGUGGGUGUGUGCCUUCGCCCCUCGACUCCAGUCUAUUCCGCCAAUUAUUUGCAUUAUAUUCACCAUAGUCACCACCAUCACCUGUAUUGAGAGUGCGAUAGUUACCCCCGCAGACUUGUUCUGCAAUCCCGAUUUCCUUUCCCUUUUGUCGCCUGAGGGACGGCCGUCUCUCAUUCGACCCGUCUUGUCCUACACACCAUGCGAUCCAGUAUUGCCUGCGCCCGAUGCCGUCGAAGCAAAAUCAAAUGCGUCAAUGCCGGCAUCGACACCACCUGCCGCGCCUGCGAAUCCUCCGGUCGAGAUUGCGUCUACCCUACCCCGGCUAUAGGUGUUGGGGGCGGUGCUGCUAAACGAGAUAUUGCCGCUCUGGUGGACGGGGAAGAUCGUAACGGCGAUUGGGAUAGUCCCAAGCGACAGCGCUCCCGCAAAGCCCCCGGUGUUUCCUCCGCCGCUAAAGAUGCUUCUAAAGCCGCCAAUGAUGUCCUUGAUUCCUCCAUUCUCACCGUCAAGGUCUGGGAGACCGUUUUCGAUCUCUUCCAGUCCCACUUUGCUACCUUACUCCCGUUCCUCCAUCCCGCGACCUUUCUCAGCCACAUCCGACAGCUGUCAUCCACCACACAGGAAAACCACCAAGAUCAGUCCCAAAGUCCUCCCAUCCAGAAAACAGAUCCCAACCCGUUGAUCCCGCUUGGCGUUUUGGCUCUUACCGCCCGAUUCCACCCACAGUUGGUCGCCUUUCACUCUCCAGCUUCCCAAGGACACCCGUCGAAUCCCCUGGUCGCAUCCGAAGUCUAUGCGACGGCGCUGCGCAGCCGGCUGGCCGGCGUCGACGGCACCAGUCUCGCCAUGCCGGACCUCACGCGCAUCCAGGCCCUUCUCAUGCUAGCCCUGCACGAAUGGGGCAUGUGUCGCGGCAAGAGUGCUUGGUUGUAUGUGGGUAUGGCCAUUCGUCUCGCACAGGUCAUGGGUUUGCAGUUUGAGCUCGAGAACGAUCUUCUCGCGCGCGACCCGCGAUCGCCCGUAUUCAAGACGGAGAUGGAGCACUUCGGAGUUGCCCGACGAGCCGAACCUAAAGAGCAAACAUCCGACGAUGUCAUCGCCCAGGAAACCAAGCGCCGGACCUUUUGGGCCUGUUUUACCCUCGACCGUUGUCUCAGCAGUGGCAAGUAUCGUCCUCGCAUGAUUCGAGUCAAGGAGCUCGGUAUCCAGCUGCCUAGCGACAAUGCUUUUGCUUUUGGAGAAAGGGUGCGUACCUCGCGUCUGAACGAGCCGGUCGUUCGCCGUCCGCAGAGCUUUGGUGCCCAGGGCGUGCAGAUUCCCAGUAUCCGUCAGAGUCUUGGAGGGUUUGAAGAUAAGCUGCCGAACAACCCACCAGAUGGCAAGCCAUGGUCGCCCAUUUCUCGACGAAAAGAUUCCACCGAGGACGAAAUCGAUCGGUGGGAAAUCGGUGCCGAAGAGUCAGUGUUGAGUCGUGUCAUUCGGGUCAUCCGCAUCUGGGGGAGUAUUGCCAAGUGGUCUUGUGCUGGAGGAAGAAGGUAUGUCUGCUGUCCACCUAAAUGAAAGUAUGCUAACUUGAUAGAACUGAGCAACUCCCCCCAUGGCAUCCUGACUCGCGUUUUGCCA